GAUGGAGAGCGACCGAACAAGGGAAGAGGUGUAGAUGUCGCACCCUCUCUCUGUCCAGAGACUUUUCAGGGAGGACCGGACAGCAGGAAGAGGGAAAUGGGAGAGGAAUUUACUUUGGACCUGUCGAUCAAUUACACCAUCCUGGACUGGGCCGUAAAAACCAGUAAAUUAGCAGGGCAGAGGAGGAUGAAUCAACAGAGACAUUCCUACACUGUUUGACGUUUGCAAGGGUUUUGGGUGUGUGUGUGUGUGUUCGGUGAGUUAUCUGCUUGUGAUCCUGCUUUUGUGUAGAUUUAAUAUCGACUAGUUAUGUGUAUGGUUGAUGGUCAAGGUGUGUGUCUAGUUACCUGGAGAGACUGAGCCAGCCGUCUGCUCCUGUGGGUUUUGUGUUACCUGAGCGCCACCGGCUUGGCAGCGGGACAGCAAUCACCUUUAGAAUAGGACAGGGUCCAAAACCUUAUUGUUGUUCUGAGGAACUGUAAAGGCGGUGUGUUUCAAAGAUGUGUGUGGUUCUGUGGAAGUCUUGUCUCGGAGUAGGAGGGGCCAGAAGAGGCACAGGUGAGAUAUAAAAGCAGGUGUGUGUGUGUGACCGUGUGUAUCUGAGGAUCACACUCACUCACCUCUCGUCCGUCUGCGUCUGUUGACCCGGAGAACAGACUUGGGGAUUAUCGGACAGUUGAUGAGCUUUAGGGCACUGCCAUUGUCCAGGGGAUAAACACACAUGGAGGAGAACUUUUGAACUUGGCUGCAGUACAGAUUGUGCAGUACAGACAUUAUAGUACAGGACAGAACUUUGGACCUGUUCUUGCUGUGGAUACGCUUGUUGUCUCGCACUCAGUCUUCAGCUCUCCAACUCAUGACAACUGCAAGGACUCGGACCACAGAAGAUACGCCUGGAGCUCUGACUGCCAUUCACAACUCGACCUCAACAACAAUUGAACCCCUCCUUCAUAACAGCUUAUAAGCUAUCAUAACAACCUGUGGCUCUUCAACAGUUCCUGUCCCGUUCAAACAAGGGAGACCUUGUUUGUGGGAGAACGGAACGAACCAACCUGCCCACAGGGGGGGAUCAUGUAUGUGCUUUGCACCCUGGUGGUACUGAGUAUCCACAGCCUCUUUAAGAGCCGACACAAGACCCUGGACCCCGGCGACAAAGAGGCUGGAGAAGGGGCCACGUUGCCUGGGGACAAAGCCCCUCCGCUGGGGGAGGGAGGCAGGGUAAGGGACCCCGGUCCUGGAGGUCUUGGAGGGGUGUGGGACCCAGGGAGAGGGAGAGAGGGGUGACUGUAGCCCUCUCUCAGAGGAAGAGGCAGAGGGCUGUAGACCGUAAGGCUGCAGGCUGCAACUGCACAAACAAACGUAGAGGUGACCGGGAGCUGCGCUGCAGCCAGGGCAGGCUGGGAUGCGGAGGUAGCAGCCUGGAGAAUGUGCCGGACAGCAGAAAACAAUUGCAGCCGGUCCAGAGACCCAGUGCUUUGCUCAGCCCUGUGGUCAUGUUCGGAACAAGAAAGACCUGGGACCUUGGCCACACCCCCUGUCUGCAGGAGCUCUGGAAGAAAGACGUCUCAUUGGAUGCGAGCUCAGUGGACUUCUUGAUGAGUGAUGGUGAGGAGGACUGCUCCUUCCUGUCUCUACCCACAGCCGCUUUCCCACAACGUACCGCUCUGACCACUACUGACCAAUUAGAAACCAGCCAGCACAAUCACAACCAACAGCUACUCAUACAGACACUGCAGGAGAAAGUCUGCGAGUUCCAGGCGCGUCUGCGACGCCAGGAAGCUUCCCGGUGUCUGCAGAGGCCGCAGCAGAGUCACCAACAGAGUCUUCAGGAGAAGACGAGCCUCAUACACACGCUACCGGAGGAGCUGCACACAACAGUGCCCAGCGGUGUUCAGGCAGUGCAGAGGCUGGCUGAGCCACAGGAGCAGCAGCAGCACAGCAACUGUCUCAUUCAGGAAGGAGAGCAGCUCAUCGCAGCGCUGCGCACACAGGUGGGGGAGCUGGAGGAGAAGCUGCCAGACCAGACCCAGGAGGUGGAGAGACUGCGCUCGGGGGUGGGGGCGACCGACCUGGAGAAGCACCUGGAGCUGCUGGUGGUCGAGAACGAGCGGCUGAAGCAGGAGCUGAAGGCAUGCAAGACCUCACUGCUCCAGGAGGCUCCUCCACCGGCCUGCACAGCCACUGACUGCCCCCACAGCCAGGAUGUGGAGGCCCUGUGUGAGGAGGUGUCUCUCUGGGAGAGCCAGACCAGACCUAGGCAGAGGAGGCUGGCUGAGUUGGAGCAGCAGGUCCUGGAGAAGGCCAGCCGGGUGGAGACGCUCAGCCGACAGCUGGAGGAGUCCAAGCUCCACGCGGGGGAGAUGCAGAGGCAACUGGAGGAGUCCAAGUGUCAGCAGGGGGAGGUGGAGCAGCAGCUGAGUGUCCGGCUCAGAGACUGUGAGGAGGAGCUGGCCAGACAGGGCGCCCGGACCCAUCAGGUCAAGUAUGUGACUGAGAUAGUGGAGGUGGAGUCGUCAGGGUCUCAGCAGGCGGUAACCGAGGCCCAGGCCAAGAGCGCCGCCCUGCAGGAGCAGCUAUCACUGCAGAGACAGCUGCUCCGAGAGCUGGAGACACAGCUGUAUGAGUCCCAGAGGACCAGCACCCAGCUCCGAGCUCAGAUCCUGGUGUACGAGGGGGAGAUGGAGCGGGCCCAGGGCCAGUUGGAGGCUGAAAUGCAGAACCUGGAGGAAGAGAAGAACAGGGUGAUCGAAGAGGCCUUCAUCAGGGCUGAAAGUGAGAUGAAGGCUGUGCAUGAGAACCUGGCAGGUGUGCGUAUGAACCUAUUGACGCUUCAGCCAGCCCUGCGUACUCUCACCUGUGACUACAACUGUCUGAAGAGGCAGGUUCAGGACUUCCCCUUCAUGCUGGAGAAGGCCAUGGCCGAGGCCAAGCAGGAGAUCUGCCGGGUGAUAGGCGAGGUGAGCAGUGCCAACCAAGAGCUAGUGAGGAAGUACAAGAGAGAGAUGAACCUGAGGAAGAAAUGCCACAACGAGCUGGUGCGCCUCAAAGGUAACAUCAGGGUGUUCUGUCGGGUGCGGCCGGUGUGCCGGGGGGAGCAUGAUUCUGCCGAAAACAUGGUCAGCUUUGACCCAGAUGACGAUGCCCUUCUCUACCUCUCCAACAAGGGCAAACUGAUGACCUUUGAACUGGACAAGGUGUUCCACCCUCAGGCCACGCAGGAAGGGGUGUUCCAGGAGGUCCAGUCCCUGGUGACAUCCUGUAUUGAUGGCUUUAACGUAUGCAUCUUUGCCUACGGACAGACAGGCUCAGGAAAGACCUACACCAUGGAGGGUGUGGCCAAGGACCCGGGCAUUAACCAGAGGGCUCUCAGACUGCUGUUCUCUGAGGUGACUGAGAAAGCGCCCGACUGGGACUUCAAGAUCACUGUUAGCAUGGUGGAGAUCUACAACGAAACCCUACGGAACCUUUUGGGGGACAACCAGGGUGAGAAGCUGGACAUCAAGAUGAAUCCAGAUGGUAGCGGUCAGCUCUAUGUGCCGGGCCUCACGGAGUUCACUGUCCAGAGCCCUGAGGACAUCAACAGGGUGUUUGAGCUGGGUCACAUGAACAGGGCCACAGCCUGCACCAAUCUGAACGAACACAGCUCCCGCUCUCACGCCCUCCUCAUCAUCACCGUAGCAGGCAUCAACUUCUCCACCGGGCACCGCACGCAAGGUAAACUGAACCUGGUUGACCUGGCUGGCUCAGAGCGGAUUGCUAAAUCUGGGGCAGAGGGCAGCCGCCUGCGAGAGGCCCAGUGCAUCAACAAGUCCCUGUCGGCCCUGGGUGACGUCAUCAAUGCGCUGCGGAGCCGACACUCCCACGUGCCCUUCAGGAACUCCCGGCUCACCUACCUGCUGUCUGACUCACUGAGCGGGGACAGCAAGACCCUGAUGAUGGUGCAGGUGUCUCCCCUGGUCUGUAACAUGAGUGAGUCGGUGUGCUCUCUGAAGUUUGCCCAGCGGGUUCGGACCAUCGAGCUGGGCAACGCCACCAGGAGACAGUGGGAGAACUCCUCCACCACCUCCUCGCCCACCCACGACAGCGUGGAGAUGGACUCUCCCCCAGUGACUCCCAUGCCCCUCCCUAUCUCCCGGGCCAGCAGUGCCGGCUCCACCCUCUCCGCCUCCUCCAAAACCCCCACCACACGACGGAGGUCUCAGUCCCAGCUCUCUGCAGACAGGCUGUUAGGCAGAGCCAGCCCAUUGGUGGUGGACGGUGGGCAGGACGAUUGAAACUGUCUGUCUGAAGGCUCCAAUGGAUCCAGAAUGAACCCGGACCCUGACCCAGUCAGCCAUUGGGCCUUCUGAACAGGAGGGUGUUAACCGGCACCUCCUUCUGCUGAUCUCACUCAGCCAAUGGGUGAGAGAAACUGGACUGGACUAAUUAUCAGAUUGAGAGAAUGGUGACAUUUAAUUUAUUGAGCUGUUUGAACAGCAGAGGGAUGAAGAGGGGGAUACGAACUUUGACCCUCGUGGAAGGACCAUACCAAGACUCUGUCCCGAUGCUCUAAAAUGGCCUCCAAGUCUCAUUUUCUUCAUUUCCACUGAUAGCUGACAGGAAUGGAUAGGUGUUAAUUUUAGCCAGGAAUGUUGUACAGCCCCCCAUAUCUUAACUACGUGUCCUCGUUUAUACACCUCAAGGAACACAACACCCCAGACUGCAAGUGACUACAGGACACACCUGUCUGUCUUCCACACCUGACUAGGGGCCAAAGUGGAGGAGCACCUGAGAGUAACACAGGGCCCUGUCCUAAAAACAACUCUCAUUUUUAAAAAAAUAUACUCUUCACAGCCCAGAACUCCACCACACCUUCACCUUUGAGCCUUCAACUGGGCCUGUGAUCUAUUCUCCCAUUGGCCAAUGUAUUGUCGGCCCCUUACAAUAACGUCACACCCACACCCUUAGUGCUAACCAAUCCCUUCGUCCCAUCAUCCACUAACAGUAUAGCCCUUUCAAUCACAGUAUUUCUGGGUAAAAAUGCACUUAAAAACAAGGCUGAUACCUUCUUGAUGUGUUUUACGGAUUAUGAUAAUAAGCAUAUACUGUAUAUAUCUGUGUUUGAGAUGUUUCUUUUUUUUAUCCCUUUAGACUCCAUUGUGGGUUUUUGGGGGAUGGGGGGUUACGAGGGUUCCAUCCUGGUCUCCUUCCACACUUUCUCCCCCUCAUCCAAUCAGGGAUAGAUAUGGAGCUGGGCUUCUUUUGCCCUGUAGGACGCAAGCAAUAAGAGACGUGACUGCAGAGAGCGUUUUAACUUCCUGUGUAGCCGUUUGUGUUUUAGAUGAGAUUUCUCCAGGGCAAUACAGAGCCGCCUCAGCCACUGCAUGGAAAACGUUCAUGUUGUUGUGUUUCUUCUACCGAGUGAAUAAAGCUUAGACGACUCAAACUCCCUGCCAGACAGGAAAUGCCAUUCCUGUUAUUGGAUGCUGCCGGUUGAAGUUGCCCAGAGGCACAGAUCUAGGAUUAGUUUCUUCUACCUAAAUUGUAAGGUUAUUCAAUAGGGACACAACAAAAAACUGACCCUAGAUCUGCAUCCAGGACAGCUUAAUCCUACUCCCUAUGGCUGACCACAAGCAACCAAUGACAACGGAUUGCCUCACGGAACAGACACUGCUGCCCCUGAGGGAGUGAUCAAGCUUGUGAACUGUAUUUGAAAAUGCAUUGUGUAAAUAGGAAUGCUUUGUACAUUUGAUCAGCUGAUCAAUACAUAUCAGCUCAUCGACCGUGUGUCUUCAAUGUUAAACCAAUGUUCCUUCCAAUACCAGGAUGUCCGAGGAACAUUGAGGACACGCUGCAUCGUGGUGCUUGUUGAUGGAUAUCUCUACUUGCUUUUGUCUUUGUUGUUGUGGAAACCUUCUGCGGCAUUCUUGAUUUUGUUACACCCUUUUUUUAAUAAACACUCGAUACGAAAUUCAAA